AUGGAACCAGGAGCUUACCUGUAUUUAUUAGUAGUAGGCUCCAUAAUUGCUUUUGCCGAUGGUUAUGGUAUAGGAGCCAACGAUGUAGCAAAUUCAUUUUCCACAUCCGUCGGUUCUAGAUCUUUAACGUUAAAGCAAGCAUGUGCUAUUGCAGUUUUCACUGAAUUUUUAGGAGCAUUUCUUCUUGGUGCAAACACAGCCGAAACUAUUCGUGGCAAAAUUAUAAAUGUAAACUUAUUUGUUGAUAAACCUGAAGUUCUUAUGCUUGCAAUGGUAUGCGCUUUAGUAGGAUCAUCCACUUGGAUUAUUUAUGCUUCAAGUAAAGGUUGGCCAGUUUCAACCACCCAUUCAAUUGUUGGUGCUAUUAUUGGUGUUGGUAUUAGCGCUUUUGGUACUCAAUCAAUAGAUUGGGGUUAUAAUGGUGUUGGAAAGAUCAUUACCUCAUGGUUUUUAUCACCUGCUGUGGCUGCUGUCAUAGCCAGUUUGAUUUUCCUUUCUACAAAAUAUGCCGUACUUAGGAGCACGAAUUCAUUCAAUCGUGGUAUCAUUGCUGUACCAAUCUAUUUUGGAAUAACUAUUGCCGUCAAUGUAACAUUCUUUAUCUAUAAGGCAUUUUCAUACUUUUUCUAUGCCGAAUGGCUCAGACGUAAGAUUAUUGGUAAAGAAACUGGACUUCGUUGGUAUCAUAUUCCAAUAGUACCAUGCAUUAAAAAAGGUGGAUAUAUUGAUCAAACUUCCGCUGAAAGUGGAGCCACAUCAGCCGAAAAAGCUAAUGAAGAAAUCUCAGAAAAUCCUGAUGGCAAAGAAGGUGAAAAUAAAUCAGAAGAAGAUAAGGAGAUUAACUGGGUACAAAAAUCAUGGGUAAAAAUAUUGGCAGUAGCUGGCCAUGGUCUCAACAAAGAAAUUGCAGAUUAUAAUCAUGAUAAAAAUGAAGCUAUGCAUGCUGUUGCCGUCAAAUAUGAUGAUGACACUGAAACUUUAUAUUCAUUUUUACAAAUCUUAACUGCGGCAUUUGCCUCAUUUGCUCAUGGUUCAAAUGACGUAGCAAACGCAGUUGGUCCAUUAGCCACAAUCUAUCUCAUCUACACCACAGGAGCAGUCGACCCAGCUGGAGUAACUCCAGUGCCAAUUUGGAUUUUAGCAUUAGGUGGUAUAGCUAUAGACGUUGGUCUUGUUACUUAUGGUUAUCAUGUGAUGAGGUCACUUGGUAACGAAAUUACAUACCAUUCCCCGUCUCGUGGUUUCUCCAUGGAAUUGGGUACCUCUCUCACCGUAUUAACAGCAUCGAAACUUGGUUUACCGAUUUCAACAACGCAUUGUAUUACUGGUGCAACAGCAGGUGUCGGUCUUUGUAAUGGCAAUGUCAAAGCUUUGAACUGGAAAUUAUUAGCUUGGUGCCUUUUUUCAUGGAUAAUCACUCUUCCAAUAGCAGGAUGUACCGCAGGACUUAUUUUUGCUUUUGUAGCAAACGCACCAAAAAUAGGUUUAGCUGCUACAACUUAA